AUGUGCUCCAAAGAUUUGGAAGGAUUAGGCAACUUCACACAAUCAUAUCUCAAGAAACCAUUAAACCAUCUUCCCCAACACCUCUACACCUCAAAACUCAUAACUUUUCUUUACUUGAUCGAAGUGCUCCUGGCAUUUGUUUUCUUCUACCCAAACUACAAAAAAGAUGACACCAACAUUCUAAAGCAAUCACUAUCAAAGUGUUUAGCACAGUACUACCCCUUGGCGGGGAGGAUUCCAAGCCCUCCUGAACCUUACAUCAACUGCAAUGACGAAGGGGUCGAGUUCUUGGAAGCUUUUAACGAUAGCCCACUGGAUGACUUCAUUCACAAGAAUGUGCAAGACGAAUUCAUAGACCAACUCUUUCCUUAUGGCCUCACUUGUACUCCUCAAGCUUCUAGCCCUUUGUUGCUUAAGGUUCAGCUUAAUCAUUUUUCUGGUGGUGGAGCCGCUGUUGCUCUGUCCAUGUCACACAAGUUUGCUGAUGGAGCAACGAUAGCCAACUUCGUUAACCAUUGGGCCACUGUUGCACGUUGUGGGUCACCCAUAAACCCAUGUUUCAUUUCAUCCUCCAAAACUGAUAACACUAAAAUGUCUGAUUUCAAUGUUAACGACUUGGAUAAAGGAAACUAUGUUACGAGGAGAUUUGUGUUUCCCAAUUCAAAACUACAGGAGCUCAAGACCAAGGUUAUUGCCAUGGGCACAGCUCCAAUCAACCCUACUCGAGUCGAAGUGGUGACAUCUCUACUAUUUAAACACGCAGUUAGUGCAGCUACAACAAGUUCAGGUUCUUUAAAGCCAUCAAACCUGACUAUAACAGUGAACAUGAGGAAUAAAUUUGUUGAAAACUAUCCUGAAACAGCAGCAGGUAACUUAUCUAUGUAUGGGGUAGCAAAGAUGGGCGAUUCCGGUAAAAUCAAACUGGGUGAGGUGAUUGCUAGGAUAAGGAAAGCAAAAAUGGAACUUGAGGGAAUAAAAGAUGAGCAAGAAUUAGUUCAAAAGUUUGCAAACGCAAUAUCAAACUUACAGGGUGAUCUGUAUUAUAUUACAAGCGUGUGUAGGGUUCCAUUUUAUCAAGUGGAUUUCGGGUGGGGUAAACCAGUAGAAGUAAUAAUACGAUUUCCAAAUGUUGGUAAGAAUGUUAUCGUUUUGAUGGAUACUGCAUCUGGAGAUGGUAUUAUGGCAAAUGUGCAACUGCCAGAAGAAGAAAUGGUCAUUCUUCAGAAGGACAAAGAGUUUCUUACUUAUGUUAAAGACGUUUGA